CUUCUUCUUCUUCUUCUUCUUCUUCUUCUACUUCCUUAUUACUCUUCUUUUUUUAGUAGCCAUGGCUAAGAUAUCAUUGUUACUACUAAUAAUAUUUCCAUUUUUUCUUCGAAUGAGCUCUGCUCAAUCGUUGUCCGCCAAUUUUUACUCUUCCUCGUGUCCGAAUGUCCUCUCAGUUAUUAAAACAGCUGUGAAUUCUGCGGUCAACAAAGAGGCUCGCAUGGGAGCUUCAUUACUUCGUCUUCAUUUCCAUGAUUGUUUUGUUAAUGGUUGUGAUGCAUCCGUGCUACUAGAUGAUACAUCAAACUUCACGGGAGAGAAAACUGCUGGACCAAAUAGUGGGUCGUUAAGAGGAUUUGAUGUCAUAGAUACUAUCAAAACUCAAGUGGAGUCUUCGUGUGCCGGCGUUGUAUCUUGCGCAGACAUUUUAGCUGUUGCAGCACGAGAUUCUGUUGUCAAACUUGGUGGUCCUAGUUGGACUGUUUUACUGGGCAAAAGAGACUCAACUACUGCAAGUUUAAGUGCAGCAAACAACAUUCCUGCACCAACCUUGAACCUUAGUGGCCUCAUUUCUUCCUUCUCUAACAAAGGUUUAACUGCUAGGGAAAUGGUGGUUCUUUCAGGAAGUCACACAAUAGGCCAAGCUAGGUGUACUACUUUCAGAAACCGUCUAUACAAUGAAGCAAAUAUAAAUGCCUCAUUUGCAACAUCAGUAAAAGCUAACUGUCCACAGAGUGGUGGUAACAACAAUCUUUCACCACUAGACACCACAAGUCCAACUUCAUUUGACAAUGCUUACUUCAAGAACUUGCAAAUCCAAAAGGGACUUCUUCAUUCUGAUCAACAGCUAUUUAGUGGAGGAUCUACAAACUCCAUUGUUAACACUUAUAGCUCCAAUUCAGCGACUUUCUUGACCGAUUUUGCAAAUGCUAUGGUCAAAAUGGGAAAUCUUAGCCCCCUUACAGGCACCAAUGGCCAAAUCCGUAAAAAUUGCAGGAAAACGAACUAAGAUUAAAAAAAAAAAAAAAAAAAAAAAAAAAAAAAAACAGUACCAAAAAUGUGAUUUUAAAAUUUCGAGUGUUGCAAAUGUUUUUUCCCCUUUUCUUUUUAUAGCCAACUUUAAUGUUCUGCAUUUUUGGAGGUAAAGGUGGUAACGUCCCCCUCCAAUAAGUCAACGUUCCAAGUAGUGAAAUA